UAUUCAAUAAGGUAAAAUCUAAAAAGAUUUUAACUGCGCUAAUUUAUUAUUUCUCCUCAUAGCCAUUUUUCUUAUUCUUCUCCAGUAUUCUUUAGAAUUUGGGUCCAAUUCUUCUAGCGGUGCCGGAUCACCUGUCCUAAUAUUCCACAACCAUUCUGGAUAUUCACUAUCAGGUUUUAACUCGACAUCUUCACCAGUUUUGUAUAUAUUUGUCCCACAUGCAUAUUUGACCAAUCGGUUGGGGUCUGUUUCAACUGGCAGCACACGUUUUUCAGCUACUGGACCUACUUUACCUAGUUUUUUCUUUUUAAGUGCACCUCCAAGCAUACUAACUCCUAAAAUAGAAGAAUUAACCUAAAAAAUAUGAUAAAUUAUAGAAACUUACCAGCCGAUUCUUUUUUCGCAUAAUUACACUUUUGAACGGUAAAUUGUACUGUCCUUAACAACUGUGUUCUUGUAUUUAUCAAAUUAAGGAUAGUAUUUGUUGUCAUUUUUCUAAGAUGUGAUUCUGUGGAGAGGUUAAUAAAGUGAGGUUAAAAUUACAUAACCACAAUCAACAAACUUCAAAAUUGUGUCACAAAUGUCAGUUUAUUUAUAUUUUAACAAAAAAUAAAAUGGUUUUAGUAAUAUAAAUGCCAACAAGUAGUAGCGCAGCUACUAUUGAAAAAAAGAAACCUCUUCGAUUACAACAAACUAUCAAAGCACCUGAGCAUCAUGAAGAGAAGAAUCUGUUGAAAAUCCAGCCAGCACUACCAAAUAGAGUUAAGAGGAGUUUUAUAAGGUCUCACAGCACUUUAAAUGCAUCAAGUCUUGCAAAAGGCAAUGAUUCGUUCAAUCUGUGCGAUCCAGUCAACUUGCAAACUUAUACAGAAGGAACUGUACAUGUUUCACGCUCCCAGGCAGAAAAAGAAAAGAAUUGCGAUAAAAUUAGUUUAGAUAGACGUGGACUGAUUAAUUUUCCUGUCAUAGAUGGGGAACAUAGGUUAAGAUUAUUGUCGUUGCAGCACAAUUUAGUUAAUAAUUUGGAUGGUUUGCGAGAUCAGACGUUUCCGUUUUUGGUGUUUUUGGAUGUUUACGAUAAUCAAUUGGAACAAAUUUCUGGUUUGGAUGGUUUGGAAAACUUGAGAGUUUUGUUAAUGGGAAAAAACAGGAUAAAAAAAAUUGAGGGCUUAGAAGGCCUGAAAAAGUUGGAAGUUCUGGACUUGCAUGGAAAUCAAAUUGUACAAAUAAGUGGACUAAGCUCACUGACCGAAUUAAAGGUGUUAAAUUUAGCAGGCAAUCAAAUAAAAACUGUAGGCACAGCCGAUUUCAAAGACUUGACUUCGUUGCAAGAAUUAAAUUUAAGGAGAAACAAAUGCAAGAAACUUCUCGGUUUCGGCGAAACCACGAAUUUAUCCAAGUUAUUUCUAAGCAAUAAUGAUUUACAAAGCGUGGAAGACUUUAGCAGUCUGGCGCGGUCGACGAAUUUGAAGGAAAUAUCGAUAGAUAACAAUCCGGUGUUUUUGAAUGGCGAGUGUUUGUCGUUUCUGGUUUCGUAUUUGCCUCUGCUGGUUAAAGUUAACACGAUGCAGAUUACGGAUCAAGUGCGCAAGGCCGCGAUGGCCUGGAGGAGGAACAAGGAAUUAACCAAUACAGCUUUUAUGGACUUAACCAGUGAUGUUUGUCUCAAUGUACGCAGAGAAGAGGUCAUAUCGAACGCAAGAACAAACUGGGAACUGCUGCGCUCGCAAACGAAAUGCCUCACGAACAACUCCUUUUCUGCCAUCGAUAAAACCGUUAGAAACCUUAAACCAGACUCUGAAUUCAUCCUAACCUCCCUAUCAAAACUGACCGCCAAAAGUGGCGCCCGUCCAAAGCACUUCACCAAAGUGCCGGCGCUUCCCGACAAAAAGCUGAACUUCGCCAGAACUGCGUCGCAGGACACGGAAAACUCGCAAAACACCUCGUCCUCGAACUCGAACAACGAGCUUUUCAAGUUGCCGCCCAUUUUGGUGCCCAUCAUCGGCAAACUGGACGAGAAAUGCGAAGUGGGCCUGAGGAAAUGCAGCAGCCUGUCCAGCAUUGGUCCGAACGUGGACAGUUCUGCCAGCUCAUUGGCCAGCAGCGACAAUGAGGAGGAGGGGGGGUGUUCCAGUUCUAGCGAUGGUUCUAGUAGUAGUAGUGCUAGUGUAGAGCCUCAACCUGUUGAGGAAGCGACUUUUGGAACAGGCAAGGGAGAGGAAAAAUUGGCAGAAAAUCCUGAACGAGCUCCUAAACCGGUCGAAAAAGUGGAAACGCCCUCGAAAAACUCCACAGAAACAUCGAGCAAUCUAUCGAGUAAAACGAGCAACAGCAACGCGUCGGCCAAAACGAAAUCGAGCAGCUCGUCCGACAACACCGCCUCGAGCAAAACGCGCACGAGAAACGUAAAAAGCGCGUUCGUAUCGAAGAGCUCAGUCGGCAGAUGCAACGUCAGAGCGGCCACCGCGAAAGUCAAGAAGCAGUCGCCGCCCGCGCCUAAAGACCGAGAGCAGGGCAGCGACUACUUAAUAGAAAUCUGCGGCAGACAUCUGAACGUCUACGGGCAGGGCGCGCUGCGAUUCGUCGAGAAGUCGUGGCACGCGGGCAAAGCGCACGACGUCACGACCGCUAACUUCAACUACGCGAACUUCGCGAGCGUGGCCGGCGUGCUGUUCAAGCUGAAGGCGAAGUUCCCGAACGUGGACAGUCUGAGCUUCAAGGAGACCAACAUCGCGUGCUUGGGGCAGCUGAACGCGCUGGCCGAGGUGCAGGGCGUGGGGUCGUUGACGAUACACCCCGAGGGGAACCCCAUCUGCGAGAAGGAGUGGCGGAGUUACGCCGUUUACAGGCUCGCGCAUUGGGGGUUGAAGACCGUCAACGGGGAGGAAGUGACGGACGAGGAGAUCGCGUCCGCCAACGAGGAGUUUCGCGGUUUGAGCGACUUGGUGCUCUGGUCGCUGCCCGAUGUUCUUCUGCAGCCGCUGUUGGAGCGUCUGCGGAUCGACGUGAAUCGCGGCUUGACCGAGGACAACGCGAAGAAAUGGCUGCUGACGGCGGAUCCGGCCUUGAGAAGCGUGGUCAGCAAGGAGGCGUUGCAGUGGAAGAAGGGCGCUCCGAGCCAGGAAGACCAUCAGCUGCGGCAAAAGGCGAAGCAGCACAUUUCUUUUCUUCUCGACGACAUGAACGGUGCCGCUUUGAAGUUGAAGCAGUUGGAACCUGCGUGGCCCGACAUUUUGCACGAGUUCGUCAGAAACACUCUGCUGGAUUAUUCGCAGUUGGAAAUGUACAUGAAGAAAAAAAUGCACGAAUUGGUUAUACAAUAGUUUUCACCGUAAGUGUCUUUAGGUUACAAAAACCUCGCAUCGUUCACUGCCCACUAUCAGUAUUGAAGAAUUGAGGCGUCACCAAUACCAAAUAUUAAUUUAAGAUUAUAAAAUAUAGGUAUAAUUAAAUUUAAAAUUUUUAAAUGCAGGUUGUCUUAGUUUGG